CUGUAGGUAGCCGUGCUUGCCGUUUACGAUGACGUAAAACAUGCUACCCCACUUUCGGCGCUUCAAGAUGUCGCUAUGAGAACACUGGCAUGACUCGUGCUGCUCAUUGUGUGUACAGUAGCCAUUCUCUCAUCAUUCAGUUGCUGUGGCAUUCGCCGGUAUCGGUAUAUAACCCUGCUGAAUCAGAUACUCAUACUCAGCUUCUACCCCUCCACUUCUACCCCUCAUCGUAUACACACAGUCGAACACCAUCAACAACUAUGGCGAAGCUUAACCUAACCAUUCCCAACCUCAAGCUCAAUGAUGGAGCCUCAGUUCCCAUGCUGGGAUAUGGCACGGGCACAGCCUGGUACAAGACCGGCGAGGAGUCCAAGAUCGACCAGAGCAUCAUUGAUGCCGUGAAGAUGGCUAUCAAGCUAGGAUACACACAUCUCGAUGGAGCAGAGAUGUACAAAACGGAACAAGAGCUUGGAACCGGUAUCAAGGAGUCUGGUGUGGAGCGCGAGAAGCUCUUUGUGACCACCAAGGUUGAUAAUGAUAACAUCCACGACAUCGAAGGUGCUCUGCAAACUAGUCUGAAGAAGCUGCAGCUAGACCAUGUUGAUCUGUACCUCAUUCAUCAGCCAUGGUUCGCGAAGACAGACGAAGACAUCCAGAAAGCCUGGGCGCAGAUGGAAGCCAUCCAAGCCAAGGGCCUGGCAAAGUCAAUCGGUGUCUCUAAUUACACACCUGCCUACCUGAACGCUCUCCUGAAAACCGCCAAAGUGGUUCCCGCAUGCAACCAGAUCGAGUUCCACCCUUACCUCCAGCACACUGAGCUUCUUGCUCUGCACAAGCAGCAUGGCAUCGCCACCACAGCUUACGGCCCACUCACUGCAGCCACCAAGGCUGCACCAGGACCCCUGGACGACUACUUCGCGGCUCUGUCGAAGAAGUACGCUGUCAGCGCCGGCGAGAUCUCUCUGCGAUGGUGUAUCGAUCAGGAUGUUGUACCUAUUACGACAUCGUCGAAGGAGCAGAGAUUGAGCGAUUACCUGAGGGUUGCGACGUUCAAGUUGACACCCAAGGAAAUCCAGGAGAUCAACCAGAUCGGUCAGAAGAAGCACUUCCGUGGUUUCUGGCAGAAGAAGUUCGAGGACAGUGACAGGACUUAGACGCAGCCUUGCUGGACUGUGACCGAUGAACAGACACAAUUUAGUUCAUGAUGCAUGAAUAGACACGAUCAACGUAGCUUGUAUCUCGC